UUGGUUAUGAAUUUAUUGAAAUCUAAAUCUGAAUAAGAUAAAAAAUAAUCCGAAUCUAAAAAUAAACCGACCCGAAAGCAAGUAAAUCCGUGAAAUCAGCAGAUGAGGGAAAGUACAAGGGAAAGACAGCUGACAGUCCAACCCCAAAAGAAAGUAGUAAGGCAAAGAAUAUUAGAGCUGCUUCCCAUAUUCCCUUGGAUGCAUCUAAUCUCCCACAAAACUUUCUCCGUCUCACUCAUUUCCUGAUCCUCCCCAAUAACCAUAGGAAAAGAUUGUUCUAUAAUUUUGUCUACUCUCCUGUUCACUGUAAGUAUUCCUUAUUUCUAUGUUGCAUUAAGGCCCUGGAUUAUGCGAAAACAACAAAGCACUAUUCUUCCAUGGAGUGGCAGUGGUUCUGAACUGUCUGUUUGGUAUGGAGAUUCUGUUGAUUCUUUUUACUUGCUUAGAAACUCACAAUGGAGAUUAGCCUCAUGGAAGAUUAAGAUGAUGCAUCAAAGUAAUAUGCUGCUGUAAUUGAAGACAUCUUAUUUAAUUAUAUUUGAUACAUGAUGGGUAAGGAAAACUUGCCACAAGCAGUCAAUGGAGGUGUCAGCACUGAUAGUAGCUCGAAUGCUGACAAUGAUGAUUCUGGGACUUACUCGCAAUAUAGUAUAGACAAAGAGGCAGGUUCGGCUACUUGCCGUGUCUGCCACUGUGCAGAAUCUGACAAAAGGGGGGAUGCUGCUUUAGGAUUUUUGGGCAUCACUCCUCCCUUAGCAGAAGUGGUUAAAAGCAAUGGAGAAGUUCAACCUAAUAGCAAAGAAGUUCCGAAAGAUGUUGAAAGUGAUGAGUCUCAUGCUAAGAGUCUUGGAAGAGAAUCUGGGUUUGUUGAGUUCAUAAGCCCUGAAGGAGAGGUUUUCAUCUGUAGUACUGAUUUAGAAAUGGGCUCUCAUCAUCAGGAUGCAUUAAUUGAACUUGGUUGUUCUUGCAAAAAUGAUCUUGCUCUAGUGCAUUAUGCUUGUGCUCUCAAAUGGUUUGUUAAUCAUGGAUCUACUGUUUGUGAAAUCUGUGGAAAUUCUGCAAAAAAUAUCGGGACUUCUGACUUUAAGAAAGUUUUGGUUUCUUUGAAAGAUUAUGAAGCAUUGAGAGAAAGGACUGCUAGUGGAGAUCCUAAUCCUGCCCAAGUUCAUACAAGUUCUGGUGUCGACCCUGAUGCUGUUGCUGCUAUUUGGAGGCAACGGCUAAGUGAGAUUUCGUUGUGGUUCAGUCCACAUAGUAAUAAUAGCAAUAAUUAUAGUUCUUCUGCAGUUUCACAGUUUGUUUCUGAACAACCCCCGAAUACUGUCACUGAAGAAGUUGCUCCCACUGAAAAUCCUGCAACCAAAUGGGCUGUGGAGGGUACUGGAAUUCUGCUUGCUACGGGUCUACUUACUGUUACGCUUGCAUGGCUCAUUGCUCCUCGUGUUGGAAAGAAAACGGCUAGGAGCGGUCUUCAUAUUCUCUUGGGAGGCAUUUGUGCUUUAACAGUUGUGGUCUUCUUUCGCUUUAUUGUGCUGACUAGGAUUAAGUAUGGACCAGCACGCUACUGGGCAAUCUUGUUUGUCGUCUGGUUUCUUGUCUUUGGUAUAUGGGCCUCAAGAACGCAUGGUGCUCAUGCAACAUGAUUUGUUGAUAUAUGGUGCAUAUAAAUUCACUAUAUUCUUUUUUGCUGCCAAAAAGUAAAUGUUGAAAAAAAAUUGGGAUUUUUUCUGGACUUCAUUAAUGGCAGUCAACUCCAUUUGAUAGUUCAUGCUUCUUGCAGUUGCUUUUUUUUUUUUUUUUUUUUGCCAUGAGCUGUGGAUAGCGUAACAUUAUGUUUAGAACGAUGUUAGCCUACUCGGCCCUUUGAACGCAAUGUGAUGUUCAGUUUUAACAUUUUCAUUCACAAUCGUGCCAUUCUAAUGCAAGUGAUUUGACCGACAUUUGUAAGCAAGUUCAAGUGUCACGAAUUUAAGGAAGAUUUUUAAAUUUCACAUCGAAUAUAAAAAGGAGGGUCAUUAGGGUAUAAAAAGGUUCAUAUCAUCUCUUUUUUGUGAAGCGUUUUUUGUAAGAUAAAAUUGUGAGGUCAAAGAGGUCAGAGCGGAUAAUAUCUCAUAAGAGUAUGAAUCGUGACAAGAAAAUUAAUCUGAGACGUCAGAUGAGUGCAUGUUCUGUUCGGGUCAUGGAGUCGUGCGAGUCGAAAUCUAAGUCUCGAUCCGUGACAAAUGGUAUUAGAGUCAGUCUUAAACUGUUCGAUCUACGUUAAACGUUUCGAGAGAGGUAGGCAGAGUGACUAAUCUUCGUGACGAGGGCGUCUCGAAGUUGGGUGGGGGAGAAUGUCACGGAUCUAAGAAGGAUCCUAAACUGUUUGAUCUAUGCCAAGCUUCUCGAGAGAGGUAGACACCCUGUGGUCAGCUUUCGUGAAGAGGGUGUCACGAGGUUGGGUCGAAAAAAAUGGCACGGACUUAAGGAGGGGUCUUGAAUCCCAUAUCGAAUAUGAGAGUCAGUGAGAUAUAAAAAAGGUUCAUACUAUCUCUUCCUUAUAAAGGUCCUUUCGUAAGAUAAAAUCGUGAGACCAAUGAGAUCAAAUUGAACAAUAUCUCACAAGAGUGUGAACUGUGAUAGAAAAAUUGAUCUGAGAUGUUGGAUGAAUGCAUGUCCCGAUUCUAAAGUCGCGCAGGUCAAAACUUAAGUCUCGACCCGUGACACAAAUAAAUAACCGAAUUCUUUUUGUCUGUUUCAACAAUAUAAUCAGGACAUGAAGAGAAUUGAGAAACAAUGUACUCUCAUAGACAAAAAUGAAGCAUUAAUGGAGAUUACAAGAAAGAUAUAGAUUACAUGGAUUUUAUGCUGCUACCGUAGAAGAUACUUACUUUACCAUGAUCAAAGCAACAUGCCUGGUAAGUACCUUAUCCACUAAUCCUAGAAUGCUACAGUUACAACAGUCAGUCCUUUGAUCACAU